UUAAAACGCAACCGAAGAACCUCGUAUCGAGCUCAAAGCGAGCGAGCGAGAGAGAGUGAGAGAGAGAUGGCGAAUCAAGGAGCGAAGAAGCGCAAGGAGGAGAACGCGCGCCACAUGGCGAGGCUCCGUCACCUCAUCAUCGCCUGCAACUGAAGGGCUUGAAGUGUGGCCGGAUUUGAUCACUUCUGCUGAUUGUGCUGGUUAGGAUCUGGUUAGUGGGUUUCCCUCAAAUGUACCGGUAACUUUACUGAUGGUUCAUCGAAUGAAUUUUAAGUUCUCUCUUGAGUUCUUCCUCCUUUCUAGUUGUUCAUCCCUUAAAAUCUUCUUUUGCUAAUUGCAACACACAAAAAAUGAUCCUUCAUUUCAGAUUCUUGAAGGAUUAUUCAAUGGUCUGUACUUGUAAUCAUGAUGAUAUCAUAGAGAUGCUAGCAGAAAGCUUUUUGAGACUACUAGAUUAGAUUCUACUUGGAGUUUCAUGACAUGAUCUCUAUUGUAAUGUGCGCUUUCUUUUGGUAAAUGUUGAUGUUCUAUUGGUAAAUCUGAAAGCUGUGAGGUCAAGUAUGUGGUUGAAGAUAAGAUGGAGAUAUGUUCAAAAUGGUACUUGGAAAUUGCUGAGAUUUGUGACGGCAAAGACAUUUUGAAGGUUUACAUGUAUCCUGCAUCUAAUAGUUGUAUGAAUUUUGGCAAGCUUUCAGUUUGUGAAAGAACCUUUAGUGUUAUGUCUACAAGCUCUGGACUUCUUGCAAUUGGUUGUGAUAAUUUCUUCUUAAGACUUUCCUAUGCAAUCUCACUACUGCAUGAGAUGAGGAGGAGAAUUGGGACCAGGACCAUUGGGCUUCCUAUUGUAAUAUUAGAGGGGAUAUGGAAAACUCAGGAAGAAGAAGAAAUGGAAGCAAAUCCAUAUGGACAAGGGUUUCUUGAGGGGAUGGAGUUGGUUAUAUACAUUUUACUGAGAAUGCUUAUCUUUCACUCCUCUUUCACCUGGAAACAUUGGGUGGGGCUGCUAGUCACAUCUGCAUCAUAUGCAGUUCCAUACCUGCAACUUGCUAAAAUGGCCCAGCCUACUUAUGCUGCUGAUGGAGAGCUUCUAGACGGUGGAUUCAACAUGAGUACAGGUGGAGUCUGUGGAUAUCUGCAUGACGUGAUCUUCAUUACAAGUUUUGUGCAAGUGGCAUCCAUCAUUUCAGGGAAAUUCUGGUACACAUAUUUGGUGAUUCCUGCAUUUGGAGCAUAUAAAUCUUUUGGCUUUGUUAAGGGAUUUCUGCCGACAGGUUCUGAGGAUGCCUUGGAAGAUGAUAAAACUCGCAAGAAGAGAGAGAAGAUGGAGAAAAGAACUUCAAGAACCAAGUUUGUCAAGACAAGAGCUAGAUAGAUCUAGUAAACGAUUCGGCAGAUUCAGUGGAUGAAAAAUUAGCAGUUGGACUGUAGUUUUGAGGUCACUGAACCGUUUUCUGUUUGUUGGAUUAGCAACAUAAUUGUUCAUCCAGAGCAAAAUCGAAUUCGGUACUCUCUCUCUCUCUCUCACACACAUAUGCCAUGGAUGAUACAAUUUUUGACAUCUGUCCUUCAUGUUGUUCAUGAUGCUAAUUCAAAAUGAGAAAUACUCCGGUGGCCUACUCUUUUAAAUUUUGAUUCA